UGGCGAAGGGCUCUCCCGGCGGGGCGCGGGCGGCGGGACCGCGGCSGCGGGGCCGCCAUGGGGGACGACAUGGACGUGAUCCCCGAUCGGGAGAUGAAGGAUUUUCAGUUCAGAGCACUGAAGAAGGUUCGCAUCUUUGAUUCUCCUGAUGAUCUCCCCAAAGAGCGCUCCAGCCUCCUUGCUGUGUCCAACAAAUAUGGGCUGGUCUUUGCUGGUGGAGGGACCAGCCUGCAGAUCUUCCACACCAGAGAUCUUCUCAUGCAGAAACAGCCAGGAGAAGAUCCCAGUAAAAUUGUGGAGAAUAUUCAGAGUACUGUGGUUCCCAUGAAGUUCCCUAUGCAGCACCUGGCUCUGAGCUGUGACAAUCUCACCCUGUCUGUCUGUAUGAUGUCCAACGAGAUUGGUUCCUUCAUCAGCUUUUUUGAUGUCCGYACAUUCCUAAAUCAGGCAAAGCAGCAGAAACAUGCAUUUGCUUAUCACAAACUGGCCAAGGACUCGGGAAGUGCAGCUGUGGUCAAUGACCUGAAGUGGAACCCUGCCAUUCCUGCCAUGGUGGCCAUCUGCCUGUCCGAUGGCAGCAUCUCUGUCCUGCAGGUCACAGACUCUGUGAAGGUUUAUGCCACACUCCCAUCCUCUGCUGCUGUCACAUCUGGUGAGUGGCAGCCUUGGARGGUGCUCAGAAUGGUGGACACUGAAGAGCAGACACAGAUUGAAAAGUUGUUUUAUUUGCAGAAUCUUCAGGAGAAGAAAGUAAUCCCUUGUCCUCCCUUUUAUGACUCAGACAACCCYGUUAAAGUUUUGGAUGUACUGUGGAUUGGCACAUAYGUUUUCAGCAUCGUGUAUGCAGAGGCUGAUGGGACACUGGAAAUGUCUCCACAAGUGGUCAUAGCCAUAUUGCCUAAAAAGGAAGAAAAGCGACCAGAGAAGUUUGUGAAUUUCAUGGAGCCGUGCUAUACGAGCUGCACUGAGAGACAGCAUCAUUACUUCCUCAAUUUUGUGGAGGAUUGGGAUCUGGUUCUGGCAGCUUCAGCAGCUUCCACAGAAGUCAGCAUUCUUUCCAGGCAAGGGGACCAGAAUUGGGAAUUGUGGGUUUUGGAGGACUCCAGCAGAGCAGAACUUCCUGUGACAGAUAAAAGUGAUGACACACUGCCUGUUGGUGUUGCUGUAGACUACACCAGUAACAUGCCCAUUGUGAUCAGUGAUGAGAAGAUCCUUCCUCCAGCUCCAGUUCUGAUCCUGCUCUCCACGGAUGGUGUGCUCUGCCCAUUUUACAUGAUCAACCAAAACCCAGGGGUCAAGUCACUUAUUGUGACCCCGGAGCCGCUGCAGUUGGUSGGGGAGAGAGUUCCAAAGGCAGCAGGAAGUGCUGCCACAACUCCAACCACUCCUCCAACUUCUCUAAAGCCUGACACAGUACCGGCUGUUGCUCCCACUGUGCCCACCUCCAGUCAGCCUCCAGCAGGGAGUGGAGCAGCUGCUUUUUCCUUCAUGCCUUCAGCUGUGAAGAUUCCUGUUUCCACGGGCGGUGAUCCCCCACCAUAUUCCUUUGCCAGCAAUGCCUCCCAGCAAGCCCAGACUCCUGCUCUGACUGGAGCAGCAACGUUCUCCUUCUCCUCUGCUUCUUCCAAGGCAUCCAUGACUCCUGCUUCUGUAGCCACCACUACAACAGCUGCUGCCACCUCCUUUUCUUUUGGAUCCAUGAACUUUAAACCAGCUGCAGACAGCUCGUCUGGGCCAUCACUCACCACAGCCCCUGCUGCACAGAAAUCAUCUUUUGCACCUUCAGCUUCUUCAGUCAAAGUGAACCUCAAUGAGAAGUUCAGUGCUGUAGACACCGCUUCUCCCACCAGCAGCAGUGGUCAAGGCACUUCCACAAUGUUUUCCUUCUCAACUGGUUCCAAAACUGCUCCUGGAGGUUCUCUAAGCCAGUCCACGCCCCUCACAGCCCCUCCUACCACACCAUUGAAGACUUCAUCCCCUGUGCCCACCACAGUGGCACGUCCUGCUCAAAAUACUCCUUCAGCUUCCUUGGUACAGAAGACUCCCAAAAUCACCCCAUCAGCAGCAAAGCCAAGCUCUACCCAGGGCAAAUCAGCACUCCCCAGCACCACUUUAGAGAAACAGACCCACCAGUGGAAGGAGUCGGACCCUGUCAUAGCAGGAAUCAGAGAGGAGAUUGCACAUUUUCAAAAGGAGAUGGAGGAGUUGAAGGCCAGAACUUCCAAAGCCUGUUUCCAGGUUGGGACUCCAGAAGAAAUGAAAAUGUUGCGAACGGAGUCGGAUGAUCUUCACACCUUUCUGCUGGAAAUUAAAGAGACAACAGAGUCACUUCAUGGAGAUAUCAGUAUUUUGAAGACGACCUUGCUGGAGGGAUUUGCAGGGGURGAAGAGGCUAAAGAACAGAAUGAACAGAAUCGUAGCUCGGGGUAUUUACACUUGCUCUAUAAGAAACCUUUGGAUCCCAAGAGUGAAGCACAGCUUCAGGAAAUCCGACGCUUGCACCAGUAUGUGAAGUUUGCUGUUCAGGACGUGAAUGACGUUCUGGAUUUGGAGUGGGAUMGACACCUGGAACAGAAGAGAAAGCAGAAGCGUCUGAUAGUCCCCGAGCGAGAGACUUURUUCAACACCCUGGCAAAUAACCGGGAAAUCAUCAACCAGCAGAGGAAGAGACUGAACCACCUGGUGAACAGCCUGCAGCAGCUCCGCCUCUACAACCAGACCUCUCAAUGGAGUGUCCCCAGUGAYACAUCUCUAAACAGUGCUCAGAGUUUUGACAGCGACCUUGAAAGCCUGCGCAAUGAUUUGAUGAAAACUACUUUGAAAUCACAAGCCAAACCUCUGCCUAAAGCACCUGCUAAGUUAUCCCCUGUGAAGCAGGCACAGUUGAGAAAUUUCCUAGCCAAGAGGAAAACUCCACCAAUUAGGUCUACAGCUCCAGCAAGUUUGUCCCGAUCUGCCUUCUUGUCCACGAGAUAUUAUGAAGAUUUGGAUGAAGUCAGCUCAACAUCCUCAGUUUCCCAGUCACUGGAGAAUGAUGAUUCCCAAGCAGUGGACCAGGAAGAAGAGGCUGCCCCAGUYCAAGUCCCUCGUCAUGCUCCUGUGGUCCGAACUCCCUCUAUCCAGCCGGGUUUGAUGGCUCAGUCUCCGUCCUUUGGGAAACAGCAUCUCUCCCUGGGUACUUUGUUGCCUACAUCUUCAAACAGAAUCAUCCCACAAGGGGCAGACAGUACAAUGCUUGCAACAAAGACUGUGAAACACGGAGCCCCUGCUCCCACUGUCACUGUUCCAGCACCACAAGCAGCUGCUGCUGCAGCUCUGCAGAGGCAGAUGGCUGCUAAUCAGUCCCCAGCUGUAAGCACCUCCUUGACCGAAUCAACUCUGAAGAACGUUCCUCAGGUGGUGAAUGUUCGAGAACUCAAGUCUGGUUCUUUGACUCCAGUAGUCCCUGCAGUAAUAGGAUCGUCUGUUCCUCACUCUGCAGCCCAGGCAGUCCAUCARGUUUUGGCAACUGUUGCUACAAAUCAAGCUAAACAGACCCCUCUGGCAAGCUCCAUGAAGGGCCAGACUCCACCUUCCUCCGUGUGUGCACCCUCCCCUAUGGCAUCCACAGCUGGGCCAACAUCAUCUGGCARCAAGAUCUCAGGACAAGGGACAGUAAAAACAGUUACAGCUGUUUCUUCUACAGUGACAUCAGUACAAGCAACRACUUCACAGCUUAACAAAGCAUUCUCGUUUUCUUCUACGGGGUCUGUAUUUAAUUUUAGUGGAGUCACAUCAGCUGCUUCAUCACAGACGCUGCCCAGCCUCACUCCCUCACAAGCCCCUGCUAAAGAGUCUGCCCAGCCAGAUUCGUUUUCGUUUGCUGGGAGUUCCAAACUUGGAGCAAUUCCCGAGGCUUCCUUUGCUUUUGGGUCCCACAAGUCAGCAAGUGCUCCAGGAGGUGUGGUAGGAGGUAACUCCUCAGCAGAUGGCACCCAGUCAAACAAAGCUGCUGCAGCAACAUCUUCUGCUCCCCCCACAACCUCUGGCAAGUUGGAUAUUGCUCCAUCCAAACCAGGAGAUCACUUGUUUCAGGGCAAUUUAGCUGGGGAAACUCUCGGCAGCUUCUCAGGACUUCGGGUUGGUCAAGUAGAUGAUAAUGCCAAGGCCACCACUAAAGYACCAUCCACCAGUGCUGCAGGAGCACAGGCAGCUAAAGUGUCUACAAUACCUUCUGGGUUCAAUUUUGCUGCUCCCCUGACAUUAGGAAAAGCUGGAGAAGCUGCUUCAACGUCAGUCACGUCAGCUGGCACAGCAUCGCUGCCCAUCAGCUCUAGUGCCUCAGGCAGUCUCUUUGGCAAUGUCCAGUUAACCAGCACAGGGUCUUCUGGGGUGUUUAAUCUUGGAGGCACCAAACCCACUUUUUCAUUUGGUAUUCAGCAAACAAACAGUAUGAGCACAUCCACCUCAACCCCUUCUACUCUCCCUGCUUCAACAUCCCUCUCGUUUGGAGGUUUCGCAAGUUCAUUACAAACUAUUGUCCCUGCUGCAACUUCCAGUAAGUCUGCAGGGGAUGCCAAAUCACCACCUGGGUCAGAAAAACCAUCUGAAAACGAAGCUGUAGCAGCUGGGUCUUCACCUUCAGUGCCCCAGGCACAGGCACAGCUCUCAGAGCCACUCAAAGAACCCGCCUUACCCCAGGCSACAGCCGGGGACACCCCGGAGGGCUCUGGCACCGCAGUGGCACCGCCUCCCCCUGACACCGGGGCUGCUCCCACCUCCACCAGCGAUGUGAAGGUGCCCGUGCCUCCUGCUGUCUCUGCAGCUGCCCCACCAGAUCAGAAUGUCUCAGCAACAACCUCCGCAGCAGGCACUGCCUCUCCUGCAGAAGCCACAGGUGCUCUGGCUGCUACCUCUGAUGCCACUACAGGUGUGCAGAGUCCAGCUGUUGGUGCCUCUGUGUUUGCCCCCACUUCUGCAGGCUCCUCCGUGUUCUCUCAGCCGCCAAGUUCCAGCUCUUCGGGCUCAGCAUUUACCCAGCCUGCUGGGGAAGCAGCUGCCACUCCUUCCACAGCACCCGUUUUUGGACAGCUCCCAGCAGGUACCACAGCAUCCUCUCCGUUUGGGCAGCUCACCACCAGCACUCUGUCCACGGCCACUGCCACCACCCAGGCRGCCACCUCGGGCUUUGGUACUUCUGCUUUUGGCACCACCACCACAGGGGGCUUUGGCCAGCCAGCCUUUGGGCAAGCACCAAUCUUUGGGCAACCUGCAAGCAGUUCUUCAAGUGGCUUUACCUUCAGCCARUCUGGGUUUGGGACAAUGCCAGCCUUUGGCCAGCCAGCAGCUUCCACCGCAGCCUCAAGCAGUGGGAAUGUUUUUGGAGCCCCAGCCAGCACCAACAGCGCCAGCUCCUUCUCCUUUGGCCAGCCAGCCAGCACGGGUGGGGGGCUCUUUGGGCAGAGCAGYCCCCCUGUGUUUGGGCAGAGCACUGGCUUUGGCCAAGGGGGAUCCGUGUUUGGUGGCACUGCCGCUGUCACCACCACCACGUCCUCUGCUGGGUUCAGCUUCUGCCAGGCCUCAGGUUUUGGUUCUAGUAAUACGGGCUCUGUGUUUGGGCAAGCAGCAAAUACUGGAGGCACUGUCUUUGGCCAGCAGCCAUCUUCUUCCAGUGGAAGCUUGUUUGGAGCUGGAGGUGGUGGGAGAGGUGGAGGCUUCUUCAGUGGUUUGGGAGGAAAGCCAAGUCAGGAUGCAGCCAAUAAGAAUCCCUUCAGUUCCUCCAGUGGAGGAUUUGGRUCCGCAGCUUCCCAGAAUUCUUCAAGCUUAUUUGGAAACAGUGGAGCAAAGACUUUUGGCUUUGGCAGCUCCUCCUUCGGAGAGCAGAAGCCGACGGGCACUUUCAGCUCUGGUGGUGGAAGUGUGGCCUCCCAAGGCUUUGGGUUCUCCAGCCCAAACAAAGCAGGUGGCUUCGGUGCUGCUCCAGUGUUUGGCAGCCCUCCCACUUUUGGGGGAUCCCCUGGGUUUGGAGGGGUGCCAGCAUUCGGUUCAGCCCCAACCUUUUCAAGCCCUCUGGGCUCAACGGGAGGCAAAGUGUUCGGCGAGGGGACGGCAGCAGCCAGCGCUGGAGGAUUUGGGUUUGGUGGUACCAGUAACAACACAGCAUCAUUUGGCACCUUGGCAAACCAGAACACCCCCACGUUUGGCUCCCUGUCCCAGCAGGGCAGCGGCUUCGGCACUCAAAGCAGUGGAUUCUCAGCUUUUGGGACAGGUGGAGGAGGGUUUGGUUUUGGAUCACCUAACACAUCUUCCUCUGGAUUUAGUGGAUGGAGAAGCUAGGAACAUCCUGAACUCUUCCUGUAGCUCCUGCAUUCAUGAGUCACCCACAUGAUCGAUACCCAACCAGCUUUUCUUCUAAAUACGAGUUCUCAGACUUUUUUUUUUUAAGAAAAAGAAUUUGCUUAUUUUUAUGCAAAACUUGCUGUCGCUCUAUAUUAAACUAUUUUAUCUGGCUUGA